UGGCUGGCGAGCGGGCCUGGCUCCCCUCCCCGGCCAUGACGGGUGGGCGGGCUGCCCUGAGGAGGCGGGGAGGGGAGGUCUGGGCCGGCCGGCGGGUGGGCGACGAUGCCGAACAUCUGCAAUGCCCCCAACUGCACGAGGAAGAGCACGCAAUCGGACCUGGCCUUCUUCAGGUUCCCGCCGGAUCCGGCCAGAUGCCAGAAGUGGGUGGAGAAUUGUAGGAGUGCAGACUUAGAAGAUAAAACGCCUGAUCAACUAAACAAACAUUAUCGAUUACGUGCCAAACACUUUGAGACCUCUAUGAUCUGUAGAACUAGUCCUUAUAGGACAGUUCUUCGAGAUAAUGCAAUACCAACAAUAUUUGAUCUUACCAGUCAUUUCAACAAUCCACAUAGUAGACACAGAAAACGUAUAAAAGAAUUGAGUGAAGAUGAAACCAGGACACUGAAACAGAAAAAAAAAUUGAUGAAACUUCUUAACAGGAACCAAAACAUAAAGAAAUAAACAACAGCAACGCUCAGAAUCCUAGUGCAGAAGAAGGGGGUGAGGAACAGGAUGAAGAUAUUUUACCUUUAACCCUUGAAGAGAAAGAAAACAAAGAAUACUUAAAAUCUCUAUUUGAAAUUUUGAUUCUUAUGGGAAAACAAAACAUACCUCUGGAUGGGCAUGAAACUGAUGAAAUCCCAGAGGGUCUUUUUACUCCUGAUAACUUUGAAGCACUGCUGGAGUGCCGGAUAAAUUCUGGUGAAGAGGUUCUGAUAAAGCGCUUUGAGACAACAGCAGUUAACACAUUGUUCUGCU